CCGCCGCUGCCUGCUCGCCAGCAGGCGCAGCCCGAAGCAUCCUGUUGCGCCAGGGUCCGCAGCCGGGAGGCGAGAAGCAGCGUUUUCUUCCGAAAGAGCCUCUGCCCAGGUUGAGAUUCGCUCGUGGCGCCGAACAAUGGCUGCACUGCCAAGGCUGGUUUGUGCGUCUUCGGUCGUGUUGUUGGUCUGGGCUGGUUUUUGUUCUGCAGUAUGUGUGGAAGUUCCAUCAGAGACAGAGGCUGUCCAAGGAAAAGACAUGAAGCUACUCUGCAUCUCCUGCAUGAAGAGGGAAGAGGUCACAGCCAGCACGGAGGUGGAAUGGUUCUACAGGCCAGAGGGUGGAAAAGAUGAACCUAUCUACAAGCACGAUAAAACGAACCAUGAAGUUCCAAGCCGCUUCAGUGGUCGAUUGCAGUGGAAUGGGAGUAAAGACAUGCAGGAUGUAUCCAUCACUGUGUUAAAUGUGACCCUGAACGAUUCGGGUGUCUACACCUGUAACAUCACCCGGGAGUUUGAGUUCGAGAUUCACCGACCUCUCUUCACAAGCUCCAGAUCGAUCCACCUGACUGUGGUGGAGGAGGCUGGAGAAGACUUCACCUCGGUCAUCUCUGAAAUUAUGAUGUAUAUUCUGCUGGUCUUCCUCACCUUGUGGCUACUGAUAGAAAUGGUCUAUUGCUACAGGAAAGUCUCUAAGGCAGAGGAGGCUGCCCAGGAAAACGCGACAGACUAUCUUGCGAUUCCAUCAGAAAACAAGGAAAACUGUGCCGUGCCUGUGGAGGAAUAGCAGAAAGGAGUCAGCAGAACAAACGGCACCAAGGGGCUCUGAAGAUGGAAGGACUGCAUCAUGCCGGCCAGGUUUGAGGGGGAGCUCUGCACCGUCGGGAGGAAAUACGGGGAAGUGUAAAUUCUCUUCCAUUUGCCUUGGACUCUGUACAGCCUUGACUCUGGCCUCAUGACUCCAUUGUGAGCUGCCAGCCCAUUUGCUAAAGGACUCUUCUUUUGAAGCAUGCUGAGCAAAGGGCACAGGGGUGUGGGCAGCACGGCUCCUUCCCAAGUUUCAGUCCCAUCAUCACGUUAAUGGCUUUGUAAAUGUUAAGUGUCAUUUCUUAGCUGCUGUCACCACCACCUUUAUUUGCUAAAUAUGUUAGUUCUCCAUUGCAGAGGUAAAGGGUAUGUAUGUCAUGUUACUCUGACCUGCAGGACUGGGAAUGAGCUCAUCUUAGGGUGAUGUUUUACCUAAGUUACAGCCCAAGCAGUCUUAUUGGUGUUAAAACAGGAAGACUUUAAUUAACUAGUUGUUGCUCUGGACUUUGGGCUGCCCGUGCACAGGCAGAGUAGGGUGAGGACUGUAAUGUGUUAGAAUUGUUGAAAAUGUGUAGUAGGAGGGAUGAGUCCCUGUGCCAUGUUCACACUUGCUGCUGAAGGAGGGAACCGACAUCAUAGAUCCUGAAGUAACCCUCCUUUGGGAGGCAGUACGGGAGGCAGUAUGAUGUAAGUAUAAGAAUCCCCUGUAUCCCCCCUUUCAUCUAGCAAGUGUCAGAAUUCUUAGUUCCGUCCAUUUGCCUUGUGUAGCAGGUUUACUCCUCAAGCACGCAGAGACAGUGAUAGGAAUAACCUGCGGAGCUGCGUUCUGCAACAACAGGCAAGGCGGUAGGCCAAGGUAUGCAGUUCACCUGUUUCUGGGGAAACCCCCGAAAAAAGAACAGCCUGAUGCAAGCCAGGCGAGUAAACAGGAUGUACAGCCCUCACAGGAAAAGGAUGGACAGCUUUGUAAAAUGGUAGGACUUUUUGUAACUGCGCUAUCAGUCUUCUCAUACUGUAGUGUAGCACCACCUAGGGGAAUAGACAGAAAACACUUAUUUUUUCCUAGUUAAUCGUAAUUCUUUCUUUUGCUAGUGAAUCACUGGUUUGCAUAGUGAGCAUUCAUCAUAAAUGAUCCACUGCUGCACAAGAAUCACACUGUAAAUUCAAUGUUUCCUAGGCCAACUUACCUUUUCAAUCGUAGUGGAUUACGCAGAGUCAAAUUUGUUGUGUGUCCUCAAAUGUAGAUCAGUUGAGCUCAACUGGGAUUAUCGAGGCAAAAAAAAGGCAGAAACAUUGGCUGGGGUGGAAUUGUACCUUAAGACAAAAUGGGGGAAAGUUCGUUUUUUUCUUAUAGCAGAUGUUGUUACAUCCCUGCUGCAAUGGAGCCUAUACUGCUUGCAAGAGUUGACAAAUUUUGCUACACCGACUGCUUCUGAAUAGUUAGAGUGCUUGUGAAUCAAGGCAUGCUUCCUUCCCACCUGUGGAACUCCCUCUGCUUUGUUCUGCUGCUUUUUAUGUGUUGCUACAAUCACAGAAAUUACUCCCAUUUGUAAGUCAGAUCCAGGCCAGAUUUCUAACUGGCAGUUGUUCAAAAUUCAUUUUUUAGAGUGGGUGUCAACUUUAGUAAACUACUACAAUGCAGCCUUCACAGUGGGAUUGCUCUCAAGUCCAGAGCCGAGCCUGGCAACCUGAGUACAUUUUCCAGAUGAAGCACACUUGUAGUCUGGGCACCGGUUCCUUAAAACCCAACAUCCAAAAGGGGAAAAACCAGCUCCUCUUCUGUUCCAGCUGUACAUCUUCAUUUUCCCUAAGCCAAUCUGCCUGGCCUCAGGGCAAUUUGGGGCAUAAUCCUAACUCUAAACCCACAGCAACAGAGGAGGGACCAGACUGUAACUCCAGAGUUGCCAUCACGGGCCGCGGCAUUCGUGCCUACCAUGAUUUUUAGGUAAGGGUGUGUAACCUCUCCCACUUCAGCUCUGCUCCUGAGUUCCCAUGGGGCAUUGAUAACCCUCUGGUGUCAUAAUGUUAAGUCAAAAAAGGAGUAAACUGAGAACUUCUUGAGAGCUACCUCAGGUGGUAAAGAAGGGCCGUGCUCUAGUCCUGCACCUUUUGGUAUCUUACAUGCAUCUUCCCAACCAAGAUGCUUUUUUUUGGACAUACCUUUCACUUUUCCAGAUCCUGCAGACAGAUAUGACUAUUGCCCUGUGUUGUUCUAGGCAGGAGAAAACAGUGUCUAAAUUUUGCUCAAGAUUCUCAUACACAAAAAAAAAAAAAGCAGGGGGGAAGAGGGGAGGAUUUUUCAAGGGUGGUGUUAAAGCAGGCUGUGUCCUGGAAGAGACGGUUCUGGUUGGUCUCAAAAGGCUCUCUCUGUAUUUGGAAAUGACAGGAGACUUUAGAACAGGCAGGGUAAUAAAAAGAACAAAGCAUUCACGAGUCA